UGUGGAGAUCACUUUGAAGAAGAAGCGAGAGCACGCUGACACCGUCCCACCGCAGGACAGCCUGUCUUUUGAAUUAAAAUAAUUUAAAACAAACAAACAAACAAAAAAACCUACCGAAUGGUGACCUGACAGAGAUGGGCGACACAGGACUGUGCUGCGACAGCCUGCAGGAUCCCAAGGCCCUGAUGAAGAUGGGUCUGAGCGUGAUUCUAGUCGGUCACGUGAACUUUCUGUUGGGAGCUCUGGUGCACGGCGUGGUGCUCAGGCACAUCAGCAUCAAAAACCAGGACCGUACCAUGCAGUACGCCAUCGCCAACGUGGUGGCCAUCGCAUCUGGCAUGCUGGGAGUUGUUGCUGGUAUUCUGGCUAUCGUCCUCUCUAAAAACAAGAAGAGUAAAUCCCUGACGUGGUCUCUCUUCACAGUGAGUCUGGUUGCGUCUUUCACGGCAGCGGCUUCAGCCAUUGGCCUUUUUGUAUCCGUGGUGAGGGCCAUUGUUCACGGUGGGCGGAGCCUCAUGACUUUCUGCCGCUUCCCCGACGCCACCGGCUACUCCAGCGUCACCAACGAGUGUCCCUUUGACCCCACACGCAUCUACAGUACGACUCUGAUCCUUUGGGUGCCUUUAAUCGUGACUUGUCUCAUCCAGCUGGUGUUUUGUGCCCGCUGCUUUGCUGUCUGCAUUUCCUUUCUGGGUCUGCCUUGCUGCCCUACCAGGAAGAGACCCAGAGGCAGAUCGCAACUCCACAACGCCAGCACCGAACUCCCACCCCUCCACAGUAUCUUCCUCGUCAGCACCACAGUCUUCCUCCCUCGGAGAGACAACCUCUUCGCCAGCCACACAGAGUGA